AUGAAUUAAUAGAUACCAUCGGAAUAUUUCAUUUAGAAAUUCGCAUCUUUACAUUUGAGUGAGACUGACGAUGAUACUUCAAGAAGUCAAAGUCCACUUUUAGAUUCUCGUUUGAAGGAGCUUUUGAAAAAUUUCAAACCCAGCUCAAACUUCUAACUUUCGAAAUAAAAUGAUGAAAGCAUAUACUUUGGUUUGAUGGAGGGAAGCCUAAAACAUGGAGAAGGAAUUUAGCUGUGGCCUAAAAUUGGAAAUUUAUUAAAAGGGACUUGGUAAAAUGACUUACUGGAAGGUGUGUGCACCAUGUUUUAUGCUAACGGAGACGUUUUUGAAGCUUAUUUCUCAUAAGGGACGACGAUUGGUUAUGGUAUGUUUAAAUCUGAGAAAAAGGUUGUAAAAGGAAUCUGGAUCAAUAAUCAGCUUCAGGGAGAGGGAUAAGAGUUAAGGAGUGACGGUACUACUUAUUAAGGAUAAUUUUGGGCUGGUAGGAAGGAAGGGAGAGGCAUAUAAAUGUUUGCUGACAGAUGCAAAUAUGAAGGAUUCUUUCAAAAUAAUAAAUUUGAAGGAGACGGAAUAUUUACAUGGAGUGACGGUAGUUACUACUCAGGUCAAUUUCAUAAAGGAUUAAUUAGAGGAUUCGGUAAUUACAAUAACAAUAAUGGACUUUAAUUAAUUGGACAGUUUCAGGAGAUGAAAAAGACAGAUAUUACCGAUUAGAAUCUUAAGAAGAAGAAUCUGUAAACCAUUACAUUUUUGAAUCAAUACAACUAAACAUUGCUGAUCGAAAAGAUACGCAUUCUCUGA